CGGUGCCACGCAGAUGUAUUGCAUCAAUGACUGUGUAUUCAUGAGCUAUAUUGGUUAAGCUCCUCCCCCUGCCCGGCCUGCUUUGCUGUGCGGUAUCCACUAUCUACUGUCCGCCGUAGAUUUACAUCUGGCACAGAGCAAGUAAUGUUCAGAUGUCCGACAACCAGGAAGCACAAGAAGAUGAACUGCUGGCUCUAGCAAGCAUAUAUGAUGAAGAAGAGUUCCGGAGGGCAGAGUCAGGACAGGAGGGCGAGAUCCAUCUGUGUCUUGAGCUUCCUCCUGAUUUCAAACUAAUAGUCAAGGGACAGGAAUCCACAGAGCGUGACAUAUCAUUUCUACCUCCUUUGGUUCUGAGUUUUGAACUUCCUGUGGAUUACCCAUCAUCAUUAGCCCCAGUUUUUACUCUAAGCUCCAAAUGGCUCACAAGAGUCCAGAUCGCUGCGCUUUGCAAGAGACUGGACGAGUUAUGGGAGGAAAACCUGGGAAAUGUGGUUCUUUUCACCUGGAUCCAGUUCCUGAAGGAAGAGACUCUGGAAUUCCUGGGCAUCCAUUCUCCACUUGAGAUCCAGGGCAUUGGUGUUCAGUCUCAGGGUGAAUGUGGCCAGAAGCAUGGAGAAAAAAGUAAACCGCAAGAAUUGGACCCAAGAGCUGUUCAAGAAGUUGAUCCUGACACAGACAUACUAAACCAGCUGCUGGACUUUGAUGAAGCUCAGAAGCAGAAAGUGUUUGAUGGAAAAGUAUUCUGUUGUGGGAUUUGCUUUUCUGAGAAGCUGGGCUCCAACUGUUUGCUCUUCAAAGAGUGUCAACACGUCUACUGCAAGGACUGCAUGAAGGAAUACUUUCAGAUCCAGAUCAGAGACGGCAAAGUCCAGUGCCUUAACUGUCCUGAGCCAAAGUGUACGUCCAUAGCCACUCCAACACAGGUGAAAUCUCUGGUUGGAGAAGAUGAGUUCGCCCGCUAUGAUCGACUUCUCCUUCAGUCAAGUCUGGACCUGAUGGCUGAUGUUGUUUACUGUCCUCGCAUGAGUUGCUGCAUGGCUGUGAUGUUGGAGCCUGACAGUACUAUGGGCAUCUGCCCUUCUUGUCGAUAUGCUUUCUGUACCCUCUGUAAGCGAAGCUAUCACGGCCUCUCUCACUGCAUGGCCACCGCUGAUCAGCUUCGUGGUCUGCGGGACGAAUACCUUUCUGCAACUGACGAGGGGAAGAAGUUUCUCGAAAAGCGGUUCGGAAAACGCAUCAUUCAGAGAGCGGUGGAGGAGUCGUAUAGUACAGAUUGGUUGAAGGAUAACUGUAAGCAGUGCCCAUGCUGUGGCACUCACGUACAGAAAGUGCACGGCUGUAACAAGAUGACGUGUUCCUCUUGUCAUGGGUUCUUCUGCUGGGUCUGCCUGGGAAAUCUCAGUAAAGUAAACCCCUACAGCCACUUUAACAACCCCAAUUCACCAUGCUUUAAUCAAUUGUUUCAAGGUGUGGAAAUGGAGGAAGAAGAAGAAGGCGGCUUUUGGAGUGAUGACGAUGAAUAAUAAAUGAUAUAUAGUAUAUAAAAUAUCCAGUGCACUUUCUUUCUCUGUACACUGACCAGAUUAAACCAAAAUAUUAAAAUCUGAGCAGGGUAAAAACAUUAGCGUCUCUACUCAUCAUUUCUUUAUUUGCUCAUAUUUGCAAUAUCUUUUAAACUCUACACUUCAUUUCACUUUUUAUUUUAAGCACUUCAAGUUUAAAGUAACAAUAUUUUUGUUGUACAAAAUAAAGCUUAUAUUUGUUUUGUUGAACAUUGUGAACAAACCUUAAUAGCAGUUUUUGUUCAUGUUACAGUCAUGUAUCAGGUUUCCUAUUCAGUUUUAUUGUUAAAAGUUGGACUUAAACUACUUUGAUCUGUUACACAGUCAUAAGAUUCAUAAGUUGAAAUAAGUUCAUAAGUGUUUGAGAUUUGAGAAACUAUGGAAUGUAUCUAUAAUGGAUUUUUUUUCUUCCUUGUAAUUUUGGCUUUUAUCAAGAUAUAUUGUUUUAGCCAAUCUUGUAUUUUAUUGAUUAUUAUAUACAAAUGUUGAAUGUGUCAAUCAUGUUGAACUGACUUGACAGUAAAUGUUACACCAUC